AUGCCGCUUCCCGACGCCAUGUUCUGCGCGCAGCAGAUCCGCAUCCCCCCCGAGCUGCCCGACAUCCUGAAGCAGUUCACCAAGGCCGCCAUCCGCACGCAGCCCGCCGACGUGCUGCAGUGGUCCGCGGGCUAUUUUUCAGCUCUGUCUCGUGGGGACCCUCUUCCUGUGAAGGACAGACUUGAGAUGCCUGUGGCCACACAAAAGAAUGAUACGGGCCUGACGCAGGGGCUCCUGAGUGUCCUACACAAGCAGGGACUGGGCACAGCAGCAGGAGGCGCUGUCCUGCCCCGCGCAGCCCCACGGCCCGGCCCCAUCGCUGCAGGCGCCUGUCAGUCCCUCUCGGCUGUGCAGACGGGCGCACGGACAGACACGUGUCGGCUGGCCCGUCCGAGCCUGGCCCUGCUGCCUGCUGUCUGCGGAGGGCUGAGGCAGGCGGGUCUCCCUGCCCCUCUGCAGUUGCCAAGCCGACUCAGCAGCUCAGCCUCUGGGCCCUUCCCUGGCUGCCUGCUGGCCUCUCCCUCCGUGCAGUCUCGCCGUGAACGGUCCCCAUGCUCUCGGGCUGCACAGCAGGUCUGUGGUGACACAAGACCCAAGAGGGGCUUCCGCGAGGAGGAACCUUUGUCGAAUGUUUGGAGGCCAGCAGUGCACGCGGGGCGCCGGCCCUGGGGAGGCUCCGCCCUGCUCGGCGGCCCUGGGCUCCUGGACGUCGACACCGGCGUCUUCCUCAUCUUCCUCGUGUGA